AUGCAAAUAAUGUGGUUGCAUUUAUUGGUGCUAUUGUUUUCACCUUUUGUGGUUAGUCACGAAGAUAAAUCAAAAAAUCUGCUGGUGCUUCUGGAGAAUUUUUAUAUUAAGGAGACUCAUUCCACUUUUUUAAAUAUGUUGACAAACAGGGGUUAUAACUUGACCACAAAACUUGCUGAUGAACCAUCUAUUUCACUAAAAUACCUUGGAGAAUAUUUAUAUUCGGGCCUAAUUAUUCUAGCCCCAUCUGUUAGCGAGUUUGCGGGUGCAUUAAACGUUAAGGAAAUAACCAAUUUCGUUGACGAUGGGGGGAACCUCGUUGUAGUUGCCGGCCCAAAUGUGGGUGAAUCUAUUCGGGAGUUGGGGAGUGAAUGCGGGGUGGAGUUUGACGAAGAAAACACUCUUGUUAUCGACCAUUUCAAUUUCGACAAAAAGGAUGAUGGUUUACACUCUUUAGUCAUUGUGCCUGUUAAUAAUCUGGUCAAAAGCAAUGUGAUAACUGGAGGGAAAGUCGACGCACCUUUGUUAUACCGUGGGAUAGGUAUUUCAGCUGAUCAAACUAACCCUUUGCUCAUUGAUGUCUUACACGGAUCGAAGACUUCUUACAGCUAUAACCCAGACAAAACCAUAGUAGAUUAUCCAAACACUGUCGGCACAAACACUCAGCUGAUCACAGCAUUACAGGCAAGAAAUAACGCUCGUGCCUUGUUCAUUGGUUCGUUGGAUUUCUUAUCGAAUUCGUUUUUUGAAGCUACUGUUGAGACUGAGUCUCAUAAGAGUGUGGUUUGUGGCAACCAAAUGCUUACUGAUAAUCUGUUGCGAUGGGUUUUGGGUGAGCGUGGUCAGCUGCGACAUGUUUACGUAAAACACCAUCGAGUGGGUGAAACUCUUCCACCUAGCCAGUAUACAAUUUUGGAUGACGUUAUUUACAUAAUCAAAAUAGAAACAAAAGACGAUAACGGGAAUUGGGUUCCUUUCAAUGCCGACGAUGUCCAGUUGGAGUUUGUGCGAAUCGAUCCAUUUAUCAGAAAAAAAAUGGAACACAAAAAUGGUGAAUACAAACUUGUUAUGAAACUACCUGAUGUGUACGGAGUUUUCAAAUUCGUAGUUGAUUAUUAUCGUGUUGGCUAUACACACCUACUAAGUGUUACACAAGUUCCUGUUCGUCCAUUUACUCAUACACAAUAUGAACGAUUCCUCGUGGCUGCUUAUCCUUAUUAUGGUAGUGCUAUAUCAAUGAUGAUUGGCCUAAUAUUAUUUAGUUUUGUAUUUUUGUAUUUAAAAGAUGAUAAGGAAAAAGGUGAAUAA